CUAAUCUGCUAUGCCAUUACGAGUGAUGAUAACGGAGUCGACGGCGCAUUCAUCACCGAGCAUUUGCAAAUUUUGCUUCGUCUAUUCUUGACACUAUUUUCAGUCAUUUCAGUCAUGGCAAGGUGUUGAGUGUCUGGGUUAUAUUUGGCUUCAUUAAACUACGGGCAUGGGUACUGGCGCGGAAUCUCCUGGGCUAUCAUGCCCGUUGGACGUGGACCUCUUUCCAGCAUACAGCGAUGAUUCCCCCUUGUGCGAUUGCUCAUUUGCACAUUUGUUACUGGCACUCAUCGUUCGGCGCGACCAAGUUCUAAUGGGCAUUGACUUUCCAUGGGCGACUAGCAGAACAUGCAGGUGUCCGUGUCUUUGCAUGGAAAGCACUUGGAUUAGUUUACGAUUGUUUCUUUUCGUGUUUUUAGGGGUUCAUUUACACGAUAGAUGCGCAUGCAGCGCUACGAUAUGUCUGGGCUGGACACUAUCCUGUCUUUACAGUGUAUUGAUUCGUUGGCAUUCACGUUUCGCUCAUGUUCCCCUCACAGUGGCUUUUGCUCUGUAUGCAACGGUCUUGUUUUACUCAAUACCCUUUUAAAUGCAAACGUGGAGUUAGGGAUAGAAUCUAAGGUGCAUCUAA